CGCUCCUAGCGGCCGCCUGCAGCCCUCUGCAUCCUCCGCCUCUCGCCUCCCUCCUGGGUCACAGAGCAAGUGUGGGUUGCAUGUAUCUUUGGGGACAUGUUUGCAUAGUUCUAGGCAGAAGCUGUGUGAUGCCUGGACCUUGAGUUUGCUCAAGCAAGUCAAGCUCAUCUAACGUAAGCUGGCCUACUUCUCAGGACUGGGAUGGAAGAGUCAGCACCAGCGGAAAGCCAGGGCCAGCUCCCAAGCCCCCACCAUGGCUCACUGAGGAGGGCAGUGGCUGCUGCGCUGGCCCUGGAUGGCGAGUCCACAAUGGGCCGCAGGAAGAAGAAGAGGAAAGAGUCUCGCCCAGAGUCCAUCAUCAUCUACCGGUCAGAUAAUGAGAAGAUGGACGAAGAGCCUGAAGAGUCAGAAGGUGGAGAUCGGCCUAAAGAGGAGGAAGGGGAGGAUUUCCUGGACUACCCUGUAGAUGACGGUGUGUGGAAUAUGCCUUCGGACAGCCGCUACGUCACGCUAACGGGGACCAUCACGCGCGGGAAGAAAAAGGGUCAGAUGGUGGAUAUCCACGUCACCUUGACAGAGAAGGAGCUGCAGGAACUGACCAAACCUAAAGGGCUGUCCCGGGAAGUAGCCCCUGAGGGAAGGAGGGCCUGCCAGGUGGGGGCAGACCAGGGUCCACACGUGGUUCUCUGGACGCUGGUCUGCCUGCCUGUGGUCUUCCUCCUUUCUUUUGUAGUGUCGUUCUACUAUGGCACUAUCACCUGGUACAACAUCUUCCUUGUGUACAACGAGGAGAGGACCUUCUGGCAUAAGAUUUCCUACUGCCCCUGCCUCAUUCUCCUCUACCCGGUGCUCAUCAUGGCCAUGGCCUCCUCCCUGGGGCUCUAUGCCGCUGUGGUUCAGCUCUCGUGGUCCUGGGGAGCGUGGUGGCGAGCUGCCUGUGAUAUGGAGAAAGGCUUCUGCGGCUGGCUCUGCAGCAAGCUGGGCCUGGAGGACUGCUCUCCCUACAGCAUCGUGGAACUGCUGGAGUCUGACAACACCUCAGGCAAUCUCUCCAACAAGGACCCUAUCCAGGGAGUAGAAACCUCCACUGUCUAAACCACCGGUGACUUCUUUCCCAGGCCCUAGUAGUCAAUAGUCGUUCUACAGUUCUAGCAGGUUCUUUCCUUAAACCAUCCAAUACCCUUUACAGUCCUGGAAAAUCCUGGCUCACAUUGGUUAUCCUAUCAUCUUCAUUAUUCCAAGAGGGCAGGAAACAGAAAAGCAGUUCAUGUGAUAUACAAAUGUGUCUUGGCUCUUUGCCCUAAAAUGACCAUUUAUCUGGGAUAUGGAGAUCCAUUAUAAAUUCCCUCAGGGGCCUGAAGGUGUUAUUGGUGCCUGUAAUCCAGGGAAGUGUGUGCCUAAAUGUGACAGAAAGAAUAAAGAGGCUCAGGGGUGGGGCCGGAGAGAUGGCCCAGGUUAA